AGUUCCGAUACAUUUGGCACGAUAGAGAAGAAUAAUCCGUCUGACCAAACUGAUCUGGCUUCGACUAUUGGACUAAUUUCUGGUGCAGGUAUACCUGUAAAUAGCCUUGGUGUCCCUCGACGAAAUAUUUUAUCCACAUUUUGGCAGAGUAGCUUCGAUCAGUUGCUUAACAUAGAUGCUCUACUUCAACACUUUGGUAUUUUAUCUGGAUGCCUGAAUCAGUUUAAUCUCGUGGAAACUGGUUGUUCUUCAACAUUAUUGACGCCAAAACUCGGUUAG